UUUAAUUCCAUUGUUCCUUUUAACUGUUAAACUUAAAUAGAAAUGGUUGCAAAAAAGCCAUUGGCAAAGAAGCCAGCAUUUAGCCAGAAAAAUGCAUCAAAGUUCACUACUAAAAAUAAAGAGGAAGAAGCACCCAAAAAGGAGCUUUCCAAAUCCAAGUUGAAGAAGCAAGAAUUUCAACGUAAAAAGUACAACAAGGAUAAGAAGAAGCCUUCCAAAAACGAAGACGAAGAAGAUUCCGAUUUUGAAAUUGUACCUACUGUUGGUAAAACCAGUGGCGACUUUAGCGACGAUUCUGACGACGAUUCCGAUCUCGAAUUAGACAUGUUUGGCAAAUUUAAGGCAAAGAAGCCUGCUGCCAUCGCUGUUGCUGCAACUGCUGCCUCGGUUAAAAAACAAAAGCCUAUUACAAUGAACGAUAGUGAUGACGAGGGAGAUGAAAAGUUUAUUGCUUCUGAAACUCUUGCUGCUAACCGUAAAAAUAAGAAAUCUGGUGGUUUCCAAUCUAUGGGUUUAAGUAACAACGUGUUUAAGGCUAUUAUUCAUAAGGGUUUUAAAGUACCUACACCAGUUCAACGUAAGUGUAUCCCUCUUAUUUUGCAAGGUGAUGAUGUUGUCGGUAUGGCUCGUACUGGUUCCGGUAAAACCGCUGCCUUUCUGAUUCCUAUGUUGGAAAAACUCAAGGCACAUUCUGCUAAAACUGGUGCCCGUGGAUUGAUUUUAUCACCUUCUCGUGAAUUAGCCCUUCAAACACAAAAGGUUUGUAAGGAGUUGAUGAAGUAUACAGAUCUUCGCAGUGGUUGUAUUGUUGGUGGUGAUAGUUUGGAUGAACAGUUUGAGAUGAUUGCAUCUAAUCCUGAUAUUUUGAUUGCUACUCCCGGUCGUUUGUUACAUGUUUCCGUCGAAAUGAAUCUUGAUCUUCGUACUAUCGAAUAUGUAGUUUUUGAUGAAGCUGAUCGUUUGUUUGAAAUGGGUUUUGCUGUUCAAUUGCAUGAAAUUCUUUCUCGUCUUCCUCCUAGUCGUCAAACCUUGUUGUUCUCUGCUACUUUGCCUAAGAUGCUUGUUGAUUUUGCUAAGGCUGGUUUGCAAGAGCCCACCUUGAUCCGUUUAGAUGUGGAUACCAAGAUUUCUCGUGAUCUCGAAAUGGCGUUUUUCGCCGUCAAGGAUAAUGAAAAGGAAGGUGCUCUUUUGUACUUACUCAAGAAUGUUAUUAAGUUACCAAAGAAAACACAGAAUGAGGAUCAAACCGAUGUUAGAAAGUACAAGAAGAAGAAGGAGAAGAAGGAACAAUCCGGUACUGAAGCUGAUAAACAAACUAUCUUGUUUGCUGCUACCAAGCAUCACGUCGAAUAUUUAGCUACACUUUUGGACAUUGCUGGAUACCAAGUUUCUUAUGUUUAUGGUUCUCUUGAUCAAACCGCUCGUAAUAUUCAAAUUAACAGAUUCAGAAAUGGUGUUACUAAUAUUAUGGUUGUUACUGAUGUUGCCGCUCGUGGUAUUGAUAUUCCUAUCUUGGAAAAUGUUAUCAACUACGAUUUCUGUGGUUCUUCCAAGGUAUUCGUUCAUCGUGUUGGUCGUGCUGCUCGUGCCGGUCGUCGUGGUUGGGCUUAUUCUUUCGUCACGUCUGAAGAAUUACCUUACUUGGUCGAUCUUCAACUUUUCUUGACCCGUCCUCUUGUUCUUGCCGGAGAGAAGGAAGAAUACGAUUAUACUUCUGAUUUAGUCAUCGGUUCCAUGCCUAAGGAAGCCUUGAUUGAUGAUCAAGCUUGGGCAGCUGAUAAAAUUUCCAAGGAUGCUAGUUUGGAUGGUAUCUACAGAACAGCCUUAAAUGCUUACAAGUUGUAUAACCGCACCAAGCCCCGUGCUGCUGCCGAAAGUUACGGCCGUGCCAAGGAAGUGAUGAAAAAGAAGGCCUACAAUAACCUUCAUCCUCUUUUGAUCAACGAGGAAAACCAAAGUGCUUCCGAACUUCAACGUGCUAGUUUGAUUGAAGCUAUCUCUGGAUUUAGACCUGCCGAAACCAUUUUUGAAUUUGGUAUUCGUGGUAGUCGUAAGCUCACUCCUGCUACUGUUAUGAUGCGUGGUCGUCGUGGUGUUGUCGAUAAGAUUAUUACUGCUCAUAAAACUAAGACUCAGGCCGAAUCAGCUGUUUUAGAUAAACCUUUGGAUGUUCGUGAUGAAAAGAAACUCGUCGAGAGUUUAGGUGGUGAUGUCGAAGAGGAAGAAUUAGCUCAAGCAUUCAAUAUACCAGCCUCUAAGGAAGACAAAAAGAAGAGUUAUCGUGACGAAGAGUUUUACAUUUCUUAUACUCAAAAGGAUGCUAACACCGAACGUGGUUACUCUAUGAACAAUGAAGGUAGUUUCAUGGAGCAAGCUAGUAAGGCUCAAUUGGAUCUUACUGGUGAUGAUAACGAUGCUAUCAAGAAGAGUCAAAACAUGCUUCGUUGGGAUUCCAAAAAGAGAAAGUUCAUCAAGGGUAGUGGUAUCGGUUCCGAUAACAAGAAGUUGAUUCGUACCGAAAGUGGUGCCUUGAUCUCAGCUUCUUACAAGAGUGGUCGAUAUGAUGAAUGGGCCAAGAAGAAGCAUAUUACCCUUCCCCGUGCUGGUGAACGUGAAUUGGAUAAUGCUGCUAACAUGGCCCAAAAGCGUUUCCGUCAUAACAAAGAAGAAGAGGCUAAGCGUGUGGAUCCUCUUGCUUAUGACUAUGAUAAGAAGAUGAAGAAGAGAAAGAUGAACGAGACAGAAUCUAUUGUGGACAAGGAUGGUAUGGGUAAGAAGCGUUUCGGUGACCGUGCCAACACCAAGAGUGAAUUAAAGGAUGCCAGUCAAAUCCGUAAAGAUCGUGUUGCUCUCGAAAAGAGAAAGGAGAAAUCAAACCGUCCCUCAUCUGGUCGUGGUGGCAGCUCUCGUGGCGGUAGCUCUCGUGGCCGUGGCGGAAGCUCUCGCGGUGGCGGUAGCUCUCGUGGUGGAAGCUCUCGUGGUGGAAGCUCUCGUGGUGGAAGCUCUCGUGGAGGAGGAUCCAGUCGUGGUGGAAGAGGUGGCGGAAGAGGUCGUGGUCGAUAA